AUGACCUUUGCUAAUGGCGCCUGGCACAGCUUCAUCGCCGUCGCCGGAUGGGCAGGCCAUUCUACGCCGCCCCCCUCCUCCAACAGCCCCCGUAGCCUCGGCCACUUCCGUUCGCUUUCCUCCAUCGCCAAGAGCCCCAGUCCUCAACCGCCACGAAUGCCUGGCAAGUUUCCUUCCACCUCGGAGCUCCCCUCCAUGUCCGCCUCUGCAAACACCUCGCCUCGCCUCCGCCCACUACCGCUCUCGCCCGACGGCGAAGACGCCGAGCUCAGCACCCUACCCGACCCUCGAAGCCGCGCCAUGAGCCCCGCCGUCGACGCCAGCGGCUAUGCCACACCUCAUCACCCCGACCUCAACGCCGAGGUCGCCACUCUGAGCACCAAACUCAUCAACGCCAUCAACUACCAGACUACCCUCGACGACACCCUCUCUGCCACGAGAUCGGAACUCGACAAGGCCCGCCAACAGAUCAGAACUCUCGAAGCAAGGAAUGCCACCCAGCGGGAGAUGCUCUCCGGAGAUGUGUGGGUUCGCAAGCGAACCGUCGAGGAGGAAAAGAAGAAGCUCCUUGCUGUCUUGGCUGUGGAGCAGAGCCAGCGAGAAGAGGUUGAGAGGGAAAAGAAGAAGAUUGAGCAGGAGCUGGAGAACCUGACGACAGCUCUCUUUGAAGAGGCUAACAAGAUGGUCAUCUCUGCUAAAGAGGACGCCCAGCGGGACCACGAUAUGAUCCAGAAGAAGAACGACCAGCUCAAGGCCCAGUUGGCUGACACAGAGGCUCUCCUCAAAUUUCAACAAGAGCAGCUCACAGAACUCAAACACGUCAUGGAACAGAUGACCAUCGAACGGGAAGAGCUUAGUAUCGCCACCGCGCCCUCGUCUCCGGGAUUCGUCAAAGGACCCGAGUACAGAGACGAUGACCGCCUCUCACCUGAUAGCGCUGCGCACCAAACGACGCUCGAACCCGUGUCACCCACCUACCCAACAAGCUUUAGCCACCUGAUCCAACCCGUCUUGAGAACCGAUCUUGCUUCUUAUGAGGACUUUACUGCCCUCGCCCGUCUUUCCAAGAAACACGCUGCCGGAAACAGGCAUUCGUCUGGAUCUAUGCCUGGAGCGAACAAGCUGGGCUCUGGACUCGGUGGAAGUAUAUCUAGCGCGCAUCCUUCCAAUGCCUCGACGACGUCGCUCUCCACGGCCGGCACCCCUGUCACCACUACAGCUCCUCAGACCCCCAACACACCUGCGUCCAUGGUCAGCGUGGGCUCAGCGGAUGCUGGCACUCCGGUCCCGGCACUGAAGGAGACGAAAUACUUCAAACACCGUGAAGACGCCGAAAAGGCCGCUUGGGAGGAAAGCGUCAGGUUGCGAGAGCAAAUGUUCUGGGCGCGCGUCGGCGGUGGCGUUGUUCCAACCGGUCACCCUGUCCAAGGUGAGGCAGAGAAGAGCCCGCGUCAAAGCCACGAGACAUCCCGCAAGGCGGAAGCUGCGACAGCGCCGAAUGCCAUUGGAUCCGGCGGCGAUACAGGUGGAGGUUCUGAGCCCGAAUCUCCUGGGGACACGGCCGCCAUCGAAGGUGGUGUCCCGUUAGACGCUGCCGAGGAGACUGUGGUCCAGCCCGUCACACCAUCACCGAGUAACCGCAACUCAACGCAGACUCUCGAGAUCAAGGACGUCACGAAUCCGAACGGCGAGGUCAAGAGGCUGUCCAUCACAAUACCGACUGCUGAGGUUGAGCAAACAAAAUGAAGACGUUAGUCAGCUUAUCGACAUGAAACUUGCGCAGGAAAAGCCUGCGAUAUUCCUAUCACGACUACUACAGACCCUGACGCAUAUUUUUCGACAUUAUUGUUCGGUGUAUUAAUAUCAUUUCUUUAUCUAUUUAUUGACUGGGAAACUCGAUCGCUCGUCAGGCAGCUGCGGCAGACGCGGCUGUCAAGGGGAUGGGAUGGAGAGGAGGAUUGAAUAAAAAGCAGAGAGCACAACAUGGCAUGCAUCAACACGAUUGGGCGUUUUGGAUUUCUUUUUUUUUUCAAUUGGCGUUCGGGAUGGGGCUCGAGGACGACACGAGGAGAACCCAUGACCUUACUCACAACGUUCUCCUCGCUCUCGGGGUAUGCCGGCCCCUGGCGCGGACAGACACUGGCUUGGAUACUUUCACCGGUUUUCUUUUUGCUUGGCUGUUAGACAUGAUGGCAGGUGGGAAGUACAGCGGGCGAGCACCCGGGGGGGAACAUGACUGGGGAGUUGAGGUGCCCUGACAUUGGGUUUGUUUAGAAACGAGUCGUUCCGCGGCAACGACUUCUUAAUGCGAGAUGGAGAUGACAAUG